AUGUCAUCGGGAAAUCACUGUAUCCUCACGGAACAGGAAAGCUCCGAAGCCGACGGACUACCGGCGACAUUGAACUCCGACGGAGACCCUCCAAAGCUCCCCAUUGUAACACCAACAACAACCAGACACAAGUGCCCGGCAUGCUUCAAACAGUACAAGGAAAAGAAACAUCUCGUGGAGCACAUGAAAAUCUCUUGCCAUUCUGUUCACGACCCCAAGUGUGGUGUGUGCAAAAAGCAAUGCAAAUCGUUUGAAUCGCUGAGGGAACACAUUGCCGGCCCGUUGUCCAAGGUUUGCUGUUCAAGAAUCUUUGCAGAAAGAGGGUGUUCUCUGUGCUUGAAAAUAUUUGACAGUUCAGAUUGUCUUAGCCAGCAUAGUGACAUAUGUUGCCUCCCUGCUCCCAUACCUAUUGACACAACUGGGGUGCCUUGCACAGAACCUCAAAUCGAUGAUAAUUUAGCUGUAAUUCCUGAAAAUGAUGAGAGUGAUUCUGGGCAUGGUAGGGAAGCAGUUGCCAUAAGUUGUGCACUUGUAGGUGGGGGGAGUGAUGGCUCACUUGAUCUCUGUGCAAGGGUAUGCCUUGUUGAUGAGGACGAGAACAUAGUUUUCCACACUUAUGUUGUUCCUCAUAUUUCCUUAACAGAUUAUAGGUAUGAAAUCACUGGUAUUACUGAAGAACACAUGAGAGAUGCGAUGCCACUUGAGGAAGUGCGAGAGAAGAUUUUACAGAUUUUGUAUAACGGGGAGUCCAUUUCGAAGGUGAGAAUGGGCGGUGGAAGGGCUAAGGCUCUCGUGGGGCAUAGCCUUAACCGGUUCUUGUAUUGCCUAGGAAUGCAUUAUCCCGAUCAUUUGCUGAGAGAUACAUCAAAGUACCGCCCUUUGACAAAGACAAAUUUUGUUAGCCACUCUCUCAAGUAUCUUACCAAGACUUAUCUAGGGUAUGAUAUUCACGAUGGUGUUCAUGAUCCCUACCAAGAUAGCGUGACAGCAAUGAGGCUUUACAAGAGAAUGAGGUCCCAAGAACACCAGAGUUUCGCCUCUUUGGCUGCCCAACGCUCCCCCGGCUUCAGCGCUUUUAGCUCGGGGCAACUUGGAAGCAUGACACCCGAUGAACUUCUCGCGAUUUCUGAAUCAAACUACCGGUGUUGGUGUUUGGAUUCCGGGAGAAUAUGAAUACUGAAUCUGUAUGUUUCUUGCUGAUCUUCUUGGAUGUAUUUAUCAGAUGAUUCUGCAGUGAGAUAUUGCUUUGUGUCCAAUCUUUUUCUUUACUCUGAAUGCUGAUUAGCUAACUUGAGAUUUAAGCAUUUGAAUGCAAAACAUAUACUCAAUCUAGUUUCA